CCCUGGCGGUGGCGGAUGUCAGUUACUUACUAAAUUUAAUCAUUUAAUGUCAACUGUCAAACGAGUAAACGAAACGACCGAUAUAAGAGCUGUUAUUGUUUACCAAACCUAUUAUUUGUGUUUCAUCCGUAGCCUAGCCUGACCGAAAAUUAACUAACAGUUAUGGCUCUCUUCAGGACUUUAUCUCUUAUAACAGUUGUGUCUGCGGUUUACUUUUUUCACGAAGGAUUUGGUAUUAAAUGCUGGGUUUGUCGAUCAGACUCCGAUCCUAAGUGUGGGGAUCCAUUUGAUAACUCUUCAGUACCCAUCAUAGAUUGUAAACAAGAGAAAGAUCUUGAGCAUAUUCCAGGAGUUCGCCCUACUAUGUGCAGGAAAAUUCGACAAAAAGUGAAUGGAGAGUGGCGAUACUUCAGAAGUUGCGCUUAUCUUGGAGAGCCUGGGAUACAGGGGGACGAGCGCUUCUGUUUGAUGCGCACAGGCACCUACAACAUCUGGAUGGAGUACUGCACCUGUAAUACUAAAGACGGCUGCAACACAGGUUCAUUGACAGCUCUCUCUUCUCUCGCAGCAUUUGUUUUUGUACUCGUUACAUUAUUUAGGUAGGCCUAAGCAAUAGAAAGUUACAAUCUAAUACAAGUCUGAUUGUUGGCUUACGAGGUUGAACAAGUUAGGUUUCUUAAGUCUCAAAAGUAAUAAGUAGUGAUGGGCUGAUUCCAGAAUUGGUUGAUUCCAAACCCGAUUCUAGAACAUUGGUUUUGAUUCUCAAUUUCGCACCUAAUACUGAUACCUUUAUAAAUACAUUUAAAAAAACAUAAGUACUUCUCUAUAUCCCUACAAAUAAAGGAGCAUGUUAUUGAUAUUUAAUCUUUAAGAGUCCUUGUAGGCUAGGGGCCAUCUUGGAUAAUUUCCAACAGCUGGUGAAGAGUUAUCGCUUAAAAAUAUUUUUCAAACACCAAAUUAAUUAUUAUUUAAAUAUCUAGUACACUGUAAGAUUAGAAAAGUUUUGAAUUGUUCUCCAAGGGAGUCCAUGGAAGCUAACGGCCAUCUUGGAUUUGCCCGCCAUAAGAGCAAUGUUAAUUUUUAGUUAAUUUCAAAUAGUCGCUGUAGAGUUAUUUACCAUCUCAAAAUAUAUUUUCUUUCAAACACCAGUGUCAUUUUGAAGUAAAUAUCUCUGAGUACACUGUAAGAUUAUACACUUUCUUUAUAGUUUUAUAAUUGUUUGACGACUUAGAACGUCUAAGCUCCAAGGACUCUAAAUUUGUACAAUAAGAUUUAACUGCAUUGUUAAAAUUACAUCUAGAUUAGGUUAGCCUAUAAGGAAAAUAAGAUAACUUCAUAAAGACACGCAUCAUAUUUUAUUGAAUUGAAACAACAAACACCGGUUUAGGUUAAUCAAUAUCACUUAAAUUACUUAAAGAAUCACAAAGGAGUUCGUCACAUCAGUCAAACGGAGAUCAUAACUCAUUUUUUAACAAUUCACUAUUCACGCGUACAGCAAUCAACAACAUCCCCAUUCCCAAACUCACGAUAACUGCUUCAGUUCAAUCAGAGAGAAACAACAUAUAACGAUAAGAAUACAUGACUAAACGAGCACCGUGUGAUUGACCACGCAACUUAGUGCCUACAAACUCGCCCGAUUUGGGCAGGUGACACUUAUACACAUCAGAAAACCCAACCAAUAUGGGGUUGGCGACACUUAGAGGGUUAAAGGAACAACCAUUGAUUGUAUUUACUCACAAAGUGUGUUUUUAGUCAAUGAUAUAGGUAAAUUUAUCUGCUCAUGAAAUGUACACAUCAAACCUAUCACAAGUUAGAAACACAAGUUAAACUAGUACCAUUGACCAUAUACUGUACACUUUGUGUGAAUUAUAUUAUAUAUUCAAUGCUUGUGGCAACAUUGCUCUCGAUCUGACAACAUGGUUACAAGUGAUAAGUCCCUAUCAUUUAACUUUGUUCUACUAGUUGUUAGUUGAUCACGCGAUUUGUUGUGAAAUGCAAAGGCAUACUAUUUUUUAUUAUAAAACGAAUGUGAGCUAAUGAACAUGGAAUUAUUUAUUAGCUGACUUCAGAGUAUUCCAAAUUAACUAUGAUGUACCACUCUUUACAACCGUCAAUGUUAGUUGAGUUUUGCAUCAUGAUUAACCUUCUUUUUUAGAAUCGGUAUCAAGUACAAUGAAGCAAAGUUCGAGUAUCAGGGAUUCUUUGAUACUGCUGGUGUAGGAGGUAUCGAGAACUGGAAUAACGCCCAUCCCUAGUAAUUAGGUUAUAUCUGAUUUGAUUUCAAUUGAUUUUUUUUUCAAUUUUGAUUCCAAUUUUUUUGUAUAUACGGAGGCUAGUUUAAAAUCAGGACACUUAAAAUGUGGUUGAUUGAUUGAUUCAUUGAUUGUCCCUUAGUUGCCAUUAGCUGUAUGGGCUAUUAAUUAACAGCUGUGUCUAAGGAAUGUCGGCCUUAGUCACUAACAAGACUACAAGAUUGCGCCACUCAUCCUACACUCAUCUCCAUUCAUACUUGGCUUAAAAUACCUACUAUGUAUGGUCGCCAUUUCAUAAAAAAGUAUUUAAAGUACUUAUUGGUUUUACAUUUGCUUUCAUGAAACAUUUUUCCAAAGUUUUGACCAAUUUUAGAAUAAAAAUGUACGUAGUUGAGUCACCGGCAGAGUGCUCUGGAUGUAAAUUACUUAUUUCCAUCAUAUACGCAAUACCAAUAAUUAAAUCAAGCCGAACUGCAAGGGUAACUGAUGGUAAACGAAUGCGUCUUGUGCUUGUGUAAAUUACAUCUACUAUCACAGUAACAACUAAGGGAAAACUAUAAAUAAAAUCUAACUUAGAACUUAGACUGCAGCCCAACUUGUGAGUGACUGAUGCAACUAGAUGUUCUUGAUAAUAAAAUAGCUACAGGUGGUCUACAUAGAUCUGAUGUCUCCAUCUACCUGUAUCCAAAAUUUAAUGAUAAUACCUACCUAACUCAUCAACAAUUAGUAAGUAUAUGUGGUUAAUUUGAAGUAUAUUUUAUUCAUGAAUCUCUCUUGAAAAAGCAGCUAUCCCUUGAUAUUUUUUCUAUUAUUAAUUAUUUUGCAAAGAACAAAGUGUGUUCAUGUUUAAUAUCAUAGGUGUUAGUAUUUAUUGAUAGAUAUUUAGUGGAUUUCAGAUCAACUUAGCUUUGGAUGUUUAGUCAGUCCAAUAUAGCAAAUCAUUGUAUUAAUAUGCUUAUGUCAAUAAUAAGCAGCAAUCAAUUAGCUGCUAUAUUAUUAAACAUUCCGCCCAAUCUGUAUUUAAUCUGUGAGAUACUUAAAGAUAUUAUAAAUGUUAUUUAACUUUAUUUUACUAAGCUUUUAUGAAUGCACAAGUACAAACAGUUUGCCUUAUCAGCCAAAAAUAAUGUCUGCGUUUUGUACAGUUACUUUUAUUCCAUAGUUAACUGAAGCCAUGUUAUAUGUUGUGCUUAUUGCUGUAAAAUGUAGUUUAUAGUCAAUUUAUUGUUAGUAUUAAUUAUAAAACCAUGUUUAUGGCAACAAGUUUUGAUCGUGUUAAGUAAUUAGACUUUAAACAAUAUAAUUUAUACUGAUUAACUGUUUUCCACUUUAACACGUUAAGUGCGGUCGCGGGAUGGCCGGCCGCGGAAACUGUAAAUGUGCUGUGUGGUUGAGUCCACAAAAACAUUUUAAUUUAUUAGUUUCAUCCAAAUGAGAGGUAUAUUAUAGCAUGUACUGUCAGUUGUUGUGGACCUAGUUUUACAAGAACGCAAUAGAUAGCAGUACUAAACAAAACUGCUAGCAGGCUCUCAGUAUUGCCAAAUGGAGGGAAAAAGCAGGGGCAAAAAACCCAGAUACACCAUAAACAAAUAUAGAAAAAAAGGCGUUAAGUACAAUUUUGAGGUUAGGUUCCUUCCACAAUGCUUCACUACAGUAACUCAAUUUCAAUUUCAGCUAUUCAAUUUUUUUUAGGAUUUGUUUAUUAUCCUAUUCCACUUCUCUAAAUCCAAGCCAAAACCACAUACUACAUUAAAUUUUGAGUGGUCUCCUUCACUGAUAAAAUAGUCGGAUCUGGAAACGAAUCAUACUGAUUGAAGUAUAAAGUUGGCACAAUAAUCGGCAAUCGGACACAACAUUCCCCAGGCAAGGCUGAGCUCAGACUGAAGCAAGGUUGUUGGCAUUUGAGGAGUAUGACACUUCCUGCCCUGUCUCAGUGGUGCCAGUACCGCGAACCGGUGAGAAUUCCUGCACUGCAUGCUUAACGUGUUAAACAUUAUUUCCUGUUAAUGUUAAAGGUUGAAUUUACCUUACGUAUGCUUCUACAUUUUUGCAUUUAAAGAAAAACUCACUCUCUGAAAUUCGCUUGUAAUUAGCAAUAUUAACAUCCAUCUAAGUCAUUAAUAACACUUCUAAAGUACUGAUAAAUCCAAACAAACUACUGUACAAUCCUAAACUGUUCAAAGAAGCAAUGAAUACUUUCUUAUAAACAAUGAAUAACGAGGGACAGAAGGUUGAACGUCAUUAAUGAGCCAAGCAGUUGUUUUGAAUUUGUUUUUGGUGAGCGAGAAUUGAAAAUAACUUAUAAUACCUGAGAUUUGUUUAAAUCAACCUUUAAACACGAUUGGUAAACUAGAGAAGCAUAUGCAAGCUAAGGAAUACAUAUUUAACAAUGCUGUAAAUGUUACCAGAAGUAUAAUGGUUGGUACCUAAGACUCUUAUCUCAUGGAAUGUCAUAAUUUUUUUCUAAAACAGUUCUACUAUUUAUACACAGAUUUGUGUUUAGAGCUACAAAUAUUUCUCACAGUGCCUUUAUUACCUAAAUUGUUCCGAACUAAGAAUUUCAAUUUAGAGUGAGAUUUUUCAACAGAAUGUACAUUUUUUCCCAUUUGUGAUAGAACUAGCUUUUAUUCUGGAGUUUUAAGAAAUCCAAUCCACAUUAUUGUAAAACACAUUGAUGACAAUCUAGCAAAUUUAUGUCUUUUUAUCUUUGUAAUUAAUUAUAUAGAUACAGAAUAUAAGCUUUAGAAAUACUUACAAAAUGAAGUAUCCUAGGCACUGUAUUUUUGCACAAGUUUUUCCACAAAAAUAUACUUAAUCAAUUGUUCAUUCUUAUUCAUUAGUGUUAUGUUAUCCAGCCGUAGUGUAAAUUUUAUUGUUAAAACUUCAUCAUCAGCAAGGUAAUAAGUGUAUCAGGUAGGCUAGUUACAAGGUUGUGUUAACUAUGCACAAUUUUGAAUACUGAAAUAGUCUAGCGUAUAGUAGAGACAGUGAAAUUAAUAUCUGGGGCCAAAUAUGCAAAUAAUCCGUCCACAUCACACACAAGUCAGUAUAUAUAUUGAUUGUUUUUAUUGACGAGAGUUAUAUAAAUAGUUAAUCAAAAUAUCGAUUUUACAUUAUGUUAGAUAGGCCUGCCUUGAAAUAGUGUUUAAAUUUACUUCAAUUUUAAGGAACUAGAUUUCACUGUGAAGUGACUUCAAUAAAGUUAAAGUUAAGUUUUGCCAAUUAAUAUUAUAACUAAAUUUAUAAGGAUCAUAGUGGUGCACUACUAUACACAGUAGUGGUGCAUUGAGAUACUCACUUAACUCAAAUGUAAUAGAAAACGUAACAUGAGUACUACCUGUCGUCAACAUUAUCCAUUUUAAUGGUGGAAAGCCAUGCUUAAAAUUGUUGAAAAAAUAAGACAGCAUUCUAUUAGUUAUUAUAGUUUUUACUUUAUAGUUUUACUUUAUAGUUAUCAUAUCAAAUGUCAUUGUAUAAACAAUAAAGUUUGUGUUAACUGUCCAUGUGAAUAAAUGUAUGUUCUUUUUUACUUAUUUUUAAAGAGUAGUGUCAUUGACUAUACACAGAAUAGUGUAUAGUCAAUGGUAGUGUUUAAUCUGUCAUGUUAUUAUAUUAGUAUGUGUAAUUUUUAGUUGUUUAUUAGCAACAUUUAUUGUAAGACUUUGCCUUUUUGCAAGUUAAUUCUGUGCCUUUUGAUAACAUUAUAUAACAUUUUUAGACUGCAUUUGAUAAGUUAUGUUGUAUAUUGAUAGUUGUGAUUAUAUUGUAAAAUAUGUGUACAGAAUGUCAAAUUUGUGUUUGUAAUUUUAAAAUAAAGUAAAACAUUUUUACUGCACAA